AUGCAGGGCUUGCCGCAAUUUUUUGUGCCAAGCUCCUCUCGGUCGGUCGGGUAUUUGCAAGAAGCUGGUGAUGAGACGGUAACGUACGUCCGUGCCACCAAGGUAUAGUCCCCGACACACGGUCUUCACGCGAAGGUAUGUACUGCAGACACGAAGGGUUCGCCCCAGCCAGGGCCGGAGACACAACAUGUCACGGGUCUUACUACUGUACACGCCUCACAUUCCGCGU